AUGCCGACUCUCAUCCCCUGCGUCCAAGAUAUCAACGCACUCGUAGGAGAUAACUCAAGCCUACAAAUUCCAACCGUCGUCGUCAAAUGGCUCACCUACGCUCUGGUCCUCCACAUCGUUGCAUUUGGAUUGGCAGGCGUGGCAGCUCUGUUCGGUCUGCUCGCCCAUGUACGCGAAAUGGCAAUGAGCUGCUUCAGUAGCUGCAUCUCUGGCUUCGGCGCUACCGUCGCACUCAUCGCUUUUAUCUUCGACAUUGCCAUCUUCUUCGUAGCGAAGUCACAAAUGAAUUCCGUCUCCGGAGGCUCUGCUUCCAUUGGAAAUGCUGUAUGGCUUACUUUAGUGGCCGCACUCCUUCUCUUCUUCAGCGGAUGCUUCUAUGGAAUAGGAAGAUGCUGUAUCCGAAGACGAGGGAAGGACAUGUGGGGCGGACAACCAAACGACGAUGCGAACGGCUUCAGAAACCGCGAACAUGUACGGCUCGAUGCCGUCAAGGCAGAGGCGGACCGUAAAGCACGCCUAGCACAGGGCGAAACGGGCCUACCCGCCUUCCAAGAGUUUGAGCAGUCUCAACCACUGAAGGCAAAAAUGGAUGGGGACGAGAUUUACUUGGACGAUGGACCCCAAUAUCGAGACAGCUACAGUCCCCGGGGCUCCCAAAGUGGGUACCCGGGGAGCGGCUAUGCUCCAGCCCCUGUCGGCACUCGCGCUGUUGACGGAUUUAAUAACGUGCCAUCUUAUCCUCCCCAGCCUCGACGACGAGGCACUAUCCUUCAUCAUAUGCGCCGUCGUCAUCACACGCACGCUCCUGCAAUUCCCCCGUCGAUCGUUCCUGCACCCGCCCCGUCUCUUGCCCCGCUGCAUGAACCCUCACCGACAAACUACUACAACCAGGACCCAUAUGGCAUCCAACCACAUCGACACGUUACAGGAGACAGUGCUUAUGCCCCCGCAGACAACUCAUAUUACAAUCCGUACGACACACGAGCGCAGUCUCAAUACGCAGAACCUUCACAAAAUGUGAUCACUUACAGUCCCGGGUAUGCUGCCAGAACUGUCUCCCAAUCACCCCCAUCACGCGCUCCCUACGACGCUUAUACACCUGUCGGCGGCAAUCAGCCUGAACAGAGCUACGCUCUUGGUGGGGGUGCGUACGGCACCAAUGCUGUGCCAUCAGCACAGACGAACGACCCCUACAGACUCUAUCAAAGUUCGUCUUACACAGUGCCCCAACCAACUGCCUCACCACCUACCGUUGACACCAACAUCCUGCGAGCACCGUCGACGACCGCAAGCCCUGUAAGAGGCCCGAGGGACCCAAGGACGAGUAUUGUAUUGUCCCCUCCUUCAACCCAUAACGAUAAUCCACCAGAUUAUGAAGCUGGUCUUUCAGGCAUGGCUGGACAAUGGGGGAGAAAAGGCUAA